UGCAAAACUCCCAUCUCAUCGUUGGUUUUAUUUAUAUGUGUUAUUAAAAAAACUAGCUGUUGCUUUGGAUCAAUCAAAGUGCUGAUAAUUUGCUUUCUCCUCUUGCUUCGGCCUUCACUUCUGUGAUAUGGGUGUCUAUGAUUUCUUGGUGAUCACCAUUUUUAUGGGGUUGAUCACCUACCAAGCUGAUCAGGCUGUGAGUUCUCAGAACCUGCCAUGCAACACAAAUGAUAUGAGGGCAUUACAGGAUUUCAUGAGAGGUUUGAAGACGGUGAUCGAUGGAUGGAGCACCAAUUUCUCUUCUGAUUGCUGUAAAUGGACAGGCAUCACAUGCAAUUCCUCAUCAUCUUUGGAAAUGGACAAUCCUAAUGAUCAUAUUGGUAUAGUGAAGUUGGAGCUUGGGGAUAAAAGAAUAACAGGAAAACUCUCUGAAUCGUUAGGCACUCUGUAUCAGCUUACAACCCUCAAUCUCUCCAACAAUUUAAUUGAAGGCACACUUCCACUUUCACUGUUCCAUUUGCAAGCUUUACAUGUUCUAGACUUGAGCCGCAAUUAUCUUUCUGGCUCUGUUCCUGCUACAAUCAAUUUACCUUCAAUCUGGACCAUUGACCUUUCUGAAAAUUGCUUAAAUGGAAGCCUUCCGGUUAGUAUCUGUGACAACUCUUCUACACUACGUAUAUUUAAUUUCUCAUAUAACUACUUCUCUGGUGAUAUUCCUAUGGAAUUAGGAAAUUGCACUUCGUUAAAUGAACUAUCUCUCAACAUGAAUGAUCUCACGGGCGGUAUAUCUGAAGGUAUAUUUGGCCUGAGAAACUUGACUUUAUUAAACCUUCAAGGCAACAAGUUUUCAGGGCCACUAAGCAAAGGAAUCUGCAACCUUACUAACCUUGUUUUCUUAGAUAUUUCCUUAAAUGGGUUUACUGGGAAUAUCCCCAAUGUAUUUCACAGCUGUGUAAAGCUACAAUCUUUUGUAGCUCAUUCAAAUAGGUUAACUGGUUUUAUACCUUCCUCAUUGUCAAACUCACCUACUCUCACUUUGUUAAAUAUGAGAAACAAUUCCUUGGAGGGUUCAAUAGAUCUUAAUUGCUCUGCAAUGGCUAGUUUGACCUCUCUUGAUUUAGGUUCAAAUAUGUUUAGUGGGCCUAUUCCUGAUAACCUUCCCUCUUGUAAACGUUUAAAUAGUAUAAAUCUGUCACGGAUUAACUUUGGAAGCCUACUACCAGAAAGUUUCAAGGAUUUCCAUAGUCUCUCAUGCCUCUUUCUUUCAAAUUCCUCCAUCUCCAAUCUUUCUUCUGCGCUCAGAAUCUUAGAGCAGUGUCAAAAUCUUACCACUUUGGUCCUUUCCCUAAACUUCCAAAACGAAGAGUUGCCCACCAAUCCCACUCUGCAUUUCCAUAAGGUCAAGGUUCUUGUUAUUGCAAAUUGUAGACUCACAGGUUCAAUACCUGAAUGGUUAAGUCAUAGCAGCCAGUUGCAGCUGUUGGAUAUGUCUUGGAACCGCUUGAAAGGAAAAGUUCCUGUCUGGAUUGGCCAUUUUGAGUUCCUAUUUUACAUGGACUUGUCAAACAACUCAUUGUCUGGAGAGAUACCCAAAAGUUUAACAGGAUUAAGAAGCCUUAUUGACAGGAAUAUUCCAUUGGAGAAACUUUGCUCAGAUUUUCCUUUAUUCAUGAAGAGGAAUGUAACUGCUGGAGGAUUCCGGUAUAAUCGACUCUGGAGCUUUCCACUCACUCUGGACCUAAGUUACAAUAAUCUUAGUGGAACCAUCUGGCAAGAGUUUGGGAAUCUGAGCAAGCUACAAGUUUUUGACUUAAAGGUCAACAAGAUAUCAGGACCAAUCCCGAGUAAUUUGUCAGGAAUGACCAGCUUAGAGACUUUGGAUUUGUCCCAUAACAAGCUUUCAGGGACACUACCACCUUCGUUGGUAAAACUGAGCUUUCUGUCCAAGUUUAAUGUUGCAGACAAUCAAUUAUAUGGGGAGAUCCCUUCAGGAGGCCAGUUUUCAACCUUCCCAGAUUCAAGCUUUCAAGGAAAUAAUCUCUGCGGUGAUCAUGUUUCUCCUUGUGAAUCAAAUGAUCAACUUCCUAGUUGGCUGCCCAAGGAAUCAAGCAGAUCAAACAGUAUUAUAGACAAUGGUUUUUUCCUUGCAAUGGCUAUUGGAUUUGCAUUUGGGCUUUUUAUCAGUAUUUUUAUAUACAACAUCAGGGAAAUUAAGCCCCUGUUGAACCUUUCUUUGUAAAACCACCUUUACUUUUUCAAAAUAUUACUGCCAAUGGUUGAUGCAGUAAAGUAGAUUUCCAAUCAUAUUGAUCUCCAGGCCAAGAAGAGAUCUCAUAUUGAUCUUUAGA